AUGUUGAAACAAAUAAGCCGUCAGUUCAAACAAUUUCCUGUGAGCCGCAGAUGUCUUCACGGAUCUUCUUUCAGAUUGGGAGCUACAGUGUUUGACAUGCCAGCAAUGUCCCCUACCAUGGAGAAGGGAGGUGUUGUCUCCUGGAAAAUCAAAGAGGGAGAAAAAUUUAGUGGUGGCGAUGUGCUGUUGGAAGUUGAGACAGACAAAGCCCAGAUUGAGGUAGAGGCACAAGACGAUGGUGUGCUCGCAAAGAUACUGGUACCAGCGGGUACCAAUGACAUCCCAGUGGGAAAACCAAUUGCCUUUCUGGCCGAGCAGGAUGACGACUUGAGUACUCUAGAGUAUCCUAAACUGGAAGAAACUGCCUCUAAGAAGAUAGAAUCAAAACCAGAGAAAGCAGAGGAGAAAAUUGAACCACCGCAACCAAAGGAGGAGAAGAAUACCAGCGGCAGUGACAGUGGUAAACUGGGUAAUCCGAAACAGACUUUAUUACCCUCGGUGGAACUGCUCCUACACGAAAAUGGAUUGAGCAAAGAAGAUGCUCUUGCCAAAAUUCAGGCAACAGGACCCUCCGGAAGAAUUUUGAAGGGUGACGUAUUGGCAUAUCUGGGCAAAAUUUCACCCGAAUUGAAUGUCAAAAUUUCCGAGUACAUUAAUAACAAGUCUCACUUAGAUCUGUCUAAGAUACAAAUCAGGGAAACCAAGGCAAGCGAACAAUCUCCAUCAUCUUCAGGAGAUAAACCAGCCAAACCUGAAAAACCUGCUAAGAAAGAGCCUCUAAAGAUCGAGAAGGAAUUGACACUAUCUCAAGCUUACAGUAAGGAGGCCCUGCAAAGAUUAUUAACUAUUGCAGAACAACAUGCAUACAGUGCCAAGCUGUACCAAGAGGAUUCAGAAGUGAUUGAUCCACUGUUUGAGGAGAUCGUUGCUCCACCUAGAAAUGCCGAACGAUUCAAAACACAAUUUAUCGUCACGCCCUCAGACAAUAGUGUUUCCACAUUGAAGCUUACCUUAUUAGUCAACGAGAGUAUAUUGGAUGCCAAGCAAAGAGCUCAGUUAUUCCUUGAUGAAGUCAAGGAUCAAUUGACGCAAGAUAAUGGUGGCGUUUCGUCGUCUCCCCAACUUGAAGAGUUAUUCUGA